AUGAGGCUUUUGGGGCUUUUAAGCCUUUUGUCCUCAAUAUUCCUACCAUGUUCAGGCACUCAAGUGAUACUCAUGGAUACAAGAUCCGCUACCACAGAUCUCAAAUGGGACCAACUGUCGUUGCGAGGAGAUGCUGAUGGCUGGACAGAAGAGUCUUGGCGUGGUUUGGACGAGAAAUCAAACGAACGCGCCUACGUAGCAUGUAGCUUUCAUGUUGCGAAUCCAGGGAACUGGGUUUUUACUCCUUUCAUUCCGACGGAAACAGCAAACAUUUUGUACAUAAACGUCCUCUACAACACACGAUCAUGCGAUCAGUAUCAUGAUCCGAAAUCAUGCAAAGAAACGUUCAAUUUGCAUGUGAAACAGUACGAACGAAAAGUGAACGAUGUGGACAAAGAAACGUUUAAUCGAACAAUUUCUACCUGGUCUCCGGUUUCUGUUCUCACCAAAGAUACGUCGGCAGUGAUUUCGGAAACGACUCAAGCGGUAGCAUUACAACCGUCAACCAAAUUUGUCAGAUUUGGAUUCGAAGAGAAUGGUGUGUGCGUAUCGCUUCUCACCAUCACUGUGUACUAUGUGGUAUGUGAUGCUACAGUAACAAAGUUCACCAAAUAUCCCGUGACAGUAACCUCGCACUCCCGAGAGGAAAUGGUGAAAGUAACGGGGAAAUGUGUAGCGAACGCUGUACCGACACAUAGUGAAGCUCCAACUGGCUUCUGUACAUCGUCUGGACGAUGGAAUCAUCUGAUUGGAGAGUGCGCCUGUAAGCCGGGGUACACUACUGACUCCUUCAAGGAAGAGGACAAAUGCAUCGAAUGUCCCGUUGGAAGCUACAAAACCGAUCGAGGAAAUGCAUCAUGUCAGAAGUGCCCAGCGAACUCAGAGGCAACGAGGCCAGGAAGUCUUCACUGCACAUGCCGUCCUGGAUUCUACAGGGCUGAGAACGAAUCGGCUGACCGAGCAUGUACACAGGGUCCAAACCAUCCAUCCCAUCUUCACGUCAAAGACAUUGACCAAUCCUCAGCUGUUCUGGAAUGGGACGAGCCCUCGUCAUUGGGUGGUCGAAGAGAGGUUUGGUACGAGUGGGAAUGCUCACGUGGUGAUUGCUCCACCGUUACCGCAACUCCUGCUGACAAAAAGUUGAUAUCAAGGACUCUCAGGUUGUCAGGAUUGAAACCAGAUACGGAGUACUCGUUCAACAUUUUCGCAAAGAAUAGUGUUUCAAAAUUUUCCGAGACUCCCGCGUAUCGGGUUGUGGAUAUUCGCACAGCACCUUUGACUCGAUACGUUGUGAGUGGUCUACGUGUAGAAAGUGAACAGAAAGAUGGAAUAACUCUUGCUUGGUUGGCGCCGGCGGUGACAAAGAGGGUUAAAUAUGAAAUUGAAAUGGAGCCAAAAAUUGGAAAGGCGGUCGUGGCCGUAACCGAACAUACGUACCAUACUUCGCUAAAUAUGAGCCCUGGAGCUCCGUAUCGUUUUCGGGUCCGAGUUUAUGUUGAUGGAUGGGGUGAGUGGAGUGAUCCUCUGUGGUACGAGCUUGGACGUGGAAUUGUACAACAACAUCAAGGACCUGAAACAACUCCACUAGGAGCAUUGCCCGGCUGGGUGGUGCUAAUGGCGAUGGUGCUAUUUGUCCUAGUUCUUGGAUUUCUCUUCAUUUUAUGUCGUCGUAAAACGCAUAACCGAAAACAGAUGAGCGAUUUGGACGUGUUGGACACCUACAAACAAGACACGAUGACACCCGACUACAGUUCUGGAAAUCGACAAUUCACGGAUGCGUUCCGUUCGGGAAAACUGAAUGCACCAUUAAUUCCGUCAUACGGUGGAAGUUCUGUUUCGCAGCCGCCUCCGUACUACGGUAGUGGUGUGACUGGAGCGGCAGCGGCAGCUUUCAAACCAUACGUUGACCCGACUGCGUAUGAGGAUCCGAACCAGGCACUUGCGGAGUUCACCUUUGAUAUCGAUCCUGCAGCAGUGUUCAUUACGGAAGUGAUCGGAGGUGGAGAAUUUGGUGAUGUUUGCAAAGGAGGACUUAAGAGGAACAUGCUAAGUGGAGGAAUUGCUAACAGCAUCUUUGACAACGAGAUCGAUGUGGUUGCGAUCAAAACAUUGAAACCGGGCAGUAGCGCGAAGGCAAAGGCAGACUUUUUACUAGAGGCAUCGAUUAUGGGUCAAUUCGCACAUCAAAAUGUGAUUCGAUUGAUCGGAGUGGUCACUCGUUCGGAACCAGUGAUGAUUGUUACUGAAUAUAUGUCGAAUGGUUCUUUGGACCAUUUCCUCCGCGGUAAGGAUGCUCGUGGAGAGGAGUUAGGAUGGCCGAGAAUAAUCGACAUGUUGCGAGGAAUAGCGGCAGGCAUGAAAUACUUGACUGAUAAAGGAUAUGUCCACAGAGACCUUGCUGCUAGAAAUGUACUUGUCGAUGCCGAAUUUAAUUGUAAAAUAGCUGAUUUUGGACUAUCACGUGGUGUGGACGACUCAGCUGAACAGGAAUACACAACGAAUGGCGGAAAGAUCCCAGUCCGAUGGACAUCGCCUGAGGCUAUUACUCAUCGGAAAUUCACAGCAGCGUCUGAUGUUUGGAGUUUUGGUGUACUUGUGUGGGAAGUUUGCUCAUUCGGAGAACGGCCUUAUUGGGACUGGACGAAUCAGAAGGUCAUCAGCGAGAUCAUGCUAGGCUAUCGAUUACCACCUCCUAUGGACUGCCCAGUAGCUUUGCAUCGCCUUAUGCUCUGGUGUUGGCGAUUGGAUCGUCACGAGCGGCCUACGUUCGCGCAGAUUCUCGCGAUUCUCGAGAAAUACACCCGAAAUCCAGACCUCGUCCAUAUAGAUAACGUUGCGUUUACCGCAGGAAGACACGCAACUUCGACAGCAAACAUCAACACCAGCACAUUCGGGCAGCCAACGAACUCACCAGGUGGACCAAUGUUGACGAACGUGCUGCCGUCAUCGCUUCCCACCUUGGAUGAGUUCAUGCGGUCCAUAAAUAUGAGUCACUGUAUUGAGAAGCUGAACAAGGAAGGCAUCUUCACGGUCACCGACCUAUCCCGAAGGAGCCAUUUGGAUAUGCUGGCUAUUGGAUUGAUUUCGGAAGAAUAUCAACGAAUUCGAAGUGCUUUGGGUCAACUACAAGGCACACGAACACUUAGUCGUGCACCAGAUACCACCACAUUGCCGAUUCGAUCGGCAACCAUUCGGCCAACACGACAUGACGAUGGUUUCUUCGUUUAG